CUGAAUCUAUUGACUCCGACAUGUCAGAAGAUAUUCCUGUAAUGAAGAAUUUCACCGUAAAACGUAAACAGAUAAGAAAAUCAUCCGACCAAAGUACGCCCCUUGAAGACAUUUUAUUAGUUAAGGACUCAACUCUUCCCGAAUCAUCAGAAUCAAAGCAACUCAGCAUUUUACAAAAUUUUGACGAGUCACAACAAAAACAAGAAAAUAAAAUUGAAAAUAUACAAAAUAAAGAAACUAAAAGUUCACAAGAGGAAACACAGAAAAAUAAAACAGUAGAAGAAGAAUGGAUGAUAGAUGCAGAUGCAGACCAAAAUACUAUAGUGAGUGUGGUUCAUCAGGGAGAAUACUCUAAAAAACCAUCUGCAAGAGAACGGCCUACAAUUUGUCCUAUUUGCUAUAGAGAUGUACCUACACAUUUUACAAGACAUUUAUUUAGACAUCAUGAUAAUAAUGAACACGUGAUAAAAAUUAAAAGUAAACCUCCUAAAUGUAAAGAACGUUUAGCUUUGAUUGCAGCGUUACGAAAACAAGGUUAUUUUUAUUUGAAAACGGAAAAGAAUAUUUCAAAUCCUGUGAGAAGUUCCAAGAAAACUGAUGUGCAAUAUUUUGUAUGUACUUACUGUUUGGGACAAUAUACAAAAAAACUUCUUUAUAAACAUGUUAAAAUAUGCAAACAGAAACCUGCCAGCGAAACAAAUCCUGGGAAAAACUGCUUAAACAAGAGUCAAAGUUUUUUGGCCACAUUGACUUCAAAGAAUCAAAACUUUUUACAAUCGGCGCGUAUAAAAGAAGAAGUUUUUAGCAUAAUCAGAGCUGACGAAAUCAGUUAUACUGCCAAAAGUGACACAUUGAUUUGUUUGUAUGGGGAAGCCCUUUUGUGCAAACAUAAAAGACAACAAAUUGCAACAGUAAUUUCUAACAAAAUGCGAGAAAUGGGUAGAUUACUAAUAGUGUUAAAAAGGAUUAGUAAUUCAGUUGAUGUCUUAUUUGAUGCAUUGAAACCAGAAAAUUUUCAAGAUUUAAUAUGUGCUACUAAAGAAAUUAGUGGUUAUGAUCCUUUAAAUAAAUGCUAUAAAUCACCGUCUUUGGCUUUACAUAUGGGAACCAAUUUAAAAACUGUUUGUGAUAUUGCACUUAAGUUGGUGAUAGAAAACAGAAAAUUACCAAAAAUUAAUUGGGAAAACAGAGAUAAAAAGAAACAAGAAAUUAAAGACUUACAGAAAUUAAUAAAAGGACAUUGGUGUAAUGAAGUUUCGAGCUUCGCUCUCAAAAUUUUAAAAGAGAGGCAAUGGGAAAAACCAAAGGCUCUUCCUCUUACAAGCGACAUACAAGCUUUUCAAACACAUGUUAGCAACUUGGCAAAUCAAGCAUAUGAAGAAUUGAAAAACAAUUCAAAUUUAAGGACCAACUAUAGGACUUUAACGGAAUGUGUUUUAGCAUUAACUGUAAUGUUCAACAGAAGGCGGGUUGGUGAUGUGCAGUAUUUAAGGAUGGAUACAUACAACAAAAAUGAAUAUACAAUAAAUGAAGAAGCAUUUACUGAAUCACUAACAAAUGUUGAAAAACUUCUCAGUCAAAAAUUUAAAAGAGUGGUUACCGGUGGUAAAGGUUCAAAACCAAUACCAAUUUUGUUUCCUCCACAAAUUCAGAAAUAUAUAAAAUUAAUACUAGAAAUCAGAGAACAUUCAAAUAUAGUACCAAAAUCAAAUCCAUAUCUGUUUGCCAAUCCAGGCUCUGAAAACAAAUGGAUGGCAGGGUAUCACGUUAUUAGAAAAUUAGCAACCGGCUGUGGUGCUACAAACCCAUCUCUUUUAAGUUCCACAAGAUUCAGAAAACAUAUAGCAACCACAUUGCAGCUCAUGACAAUGGACGAAAACGAAAUGGAACAAAUAGCCACCUUCAUGGGGCAUACAAAAAAAACCCACACCGAAUUUUACAGGUUACCCCAAGAUAUUUUUCAAACUGCAAAGGUGGCCAAAGUAUUAAUGUUGUUAGAAAAAGGCAGAGGAAGACAAUUUGUAGGAAAAAGCCUCGAUGAAAUAGAAAUAGACAACGAUAUGUAUUUAAGUUCUGAUGACGAAGACUGUUUUUAUAAUACAGCUAGUUUUGAAAAUGUUGAAAGUGAAGAAUUUUCACAGGUUGGGCUGGAAAAUGCAGAAUGCACGGAGAGCACUUCUCAACUUAAUGCUGAACCAGGUCCUUCAAGCAUGGAACCUGCAGUUAAAAAAGGAGGGAAGAAAAUAAAACCAUGUGGCCGCGUUCGUUGGACAGAAACUGAAAAGAAAAUUGUUACAGAUUACUUCAAGCUGCAUAUUCAAAAGAAAAUCACACCAAAAAAACAUGAAUGUGAUGAACUGCUAGCUAAGCAUGCUGAUGUUUUUGUAAACAAGGAUUGGGUGCGCAUUAAAACUUUUGUGUACAAUGUGUUUAGACAAAAGUAAAAAUCUAGUUCUUUAAUAAAA